GUCAGAUCUGGGCCGAGAGUCAGAGCUGAAUCAGGGUCCUCUGCUUGCCUGUAUGGAGAUCACCCGCUCCGGCAGUGAACCUGAUUGGCUGCAGGGAGAGGGGGCAAGUGACGGGGCAGUGCAGAUGGAGAACGAGGACUUCUGUGCCGUGUGCCUGAAUGGGGGGGACCUACUCUGCUGUGACCGCUGUCCCAGAGUCUUCCACCUGGCCUGUCACAUCCCCGGCCUGCUCAGCUUCCCAGCGGGUGACUGGCUGUGCUCGCUGUGCCGUGAUGUCCUGCAGCCAGAGCUGGAGUACGAUUGUGAGAACACUCGUAUCUGCGGAGAAAAUGCACCAAAGGGCCUCUCCUACGGACUAUCUCCUAGUGAUCAGAGGAGGUGUGAGAAGCUGACACUGUUGGUCUCCUGCAACAUCCUAAGUGCUCCAUUCCAUGAACCUGUGAGUCUGCAGGCCCGACAUUACUAUCAGAUUAUAAGAAGGCCGAUGGAUCUCUCUGCAAUACGAAGCAAGCUGAACAAGAGAAGCCCUCUGCACUACUACACACCGGACCAUUAUGUGUCCGACAUCUGUCUGAUGUUCAGGAACUGUGCAACGUUUAAUUACCCCGACUCUGAAGUGGCACAGGCUGGUCGGAGCCUAGAGGCCUUCUUCCAAUCCAAACUCAGGGAGGUGUUUCCCAGCCAGGCCUGGCCUCCUGCCAAUGACAGCAACUCAGAUGUCAGGGACUACAGGACGCUCCGCAGAGCAGGUGCGGAAGGAACACUGUUACAGGAACACUGUUACAGGAAGAGGAAGAGGCGGCGACCUCUGAACUGGAAGCAGCUUCAUUUUUAAUCAGAGCAGCAAGUGGUCUCUGAGCAUCUACCGGUUCAGCCAGCAGGAUAGGGCUUUUAUUCAACAAAUGAAAGUUGCCGUAUUUUGAUUCUUGAUUACAUUAAUCUUUCCUGUGUAUACAGCAUAUUACUUGUUUUACAUACAGUACUGUGCAGAAGUCAUAGGCACCCUAGACUUUAUUAUACAUAUAUACAUAUAUAUGUUUAUUUUUUUGUGUGUGUUCCUAUAAAAUAACACAUUUGAGAUUUCCAAAUUUUCAUUUUCCAAAAGAUUUAAAUUUACAGAUACAUUUUUGUAUUUAAUUUUAAAAAGUAACAUAUUACUGUAAGCAAUUGACUACUUUUUACAUAAAAACCUGAUCAAGGCUGUCUGAUAACAGAAGCAAGGAGUCAACCAAAGUCUGCAAAAGAACUGUGGCAAAUUCUCCAACAUGCUUGGAACAACCUCCCUGCUAAUUGUCUUAUAGAACUGCAGGACAGCGUUGGCUAUCAUAGAGAAGUGAUGCAGUUUUAACAUCGAAGGGUGGUCACAAAAAAUAUUGAUUUGAUUCAGUUUUUAACUAUUCUGCCAAAUUACUCAAAUAUAAUGUAAAAUGUAUAUUAUGUUUAUUUAGGACCUUUCAUUGAAUUAUUUUGGAAAUAAUAUUAUCUGUACAGAGUGUUAUACAGGUGCCUACUACUUUUGCACAGUACUGUAUAUCUGUGCAGUACUGGUAUCACAGGCAUGUUGCUGUCUGAUAAUACUGAAAUAUGUUAUAAUGCAAUCUAGUAUGACAAUAAGUCUACUAUUGUAAGUUUGCUAUUACAGAUUUCACAUGGCAAUGAUUGACAACUCUUCAUAAUUGCUACUUGUAUUUAUCCUCUACAUUUACAAUUAUUGGCAUAUAUAAAACAGAUUGAUUUCAUGUUGAUGUUUA